AUGAGUGACGAUAACAACAAUAAUAAUAGUAUUGAAGAGACUGGAGAUGGAGAACAUAUAAAGAGAAGUAGACUUUAUACAAAGACUGGUGAUAAAGGAUACUCUUCAUUGUUCAAUGGUGAGAGGAAACCAAAAGACGACUCAUUCUUUCAUGCUCUAGGUGCAAUAGAUGAGUUGAAUGCUACUUUAGGUGUUGCUCUAGAGUAUUGCAUUGCGGAUGGUAAUGGAUUGCAAGAGUAUAUUGAGAAGAUACAAUCAUUGAUGUUGGAUAUUGGUAGUUGUUGUGCUACACCAUUGGACACAUCAAAGGAAUCACAUUUGGCAAAGACACGCUUCAGUGACAAGCAUGUCAUUGUACUCGAGUCAUGGAUUGAUCUAUUGGAUUCCAAACUACCUCCCUUGAAGAACUUUAUUGUACCAUGCGGCGUUGGACUGGCUAGCUCACAUCUACAUGUUGCACGCGCUGUGUGUAGACGUGCGGAGAGGGACAUUGUGAGUUUGUCUAGACACCAGGUGAUUCCAGAGGAUGUGGCCAUCUUUGUAAACAGAUUGAGUGACUUCUUGUUCGCGGCCUGUCGCUACGCAGCCAUGAAGAGUGGCAAGUCCGAGUCGAUCUGGAAGAAGAAGGACUUUAACUAA